CGCGGGUUCGCUGCGGGGCCGGUGGGGACGAGCCUCCCCUCCCGCAGGUGCCUCGGCGGCGGCCCGGUGUAAUUUCCUCUUCGCGCUGCGCCGGGCCCCACCGCGGGGGAGGCGGGAGGUUGUGACCAUGGCGGGGGCGACGAGUUCAAAGAGGCAGCAAGUUCGUCUGAAGCUGGACGGGGGAAGAGGAAUGGAUAUGGGUAACCAACACCCAUCCGUAAAACGGUUACAUGAAAUACAGAAAGAAGUCAAAGAGAUCGAACAGCAAGUGGCUGUUUUCAGCGGUCUGUCUACCGACCGAGAUUACAAGGUAUUGGAAAGAAACCUUACGAAACAGCUUUUUGAGAUCGAUUCUGUAGACACCGAAGGGAAGGGGGAUAUUCAGCAAGCUAGAAAGCGAGCUGCCCAGGAAACUGAGAGGCUGCUGAAGGAACUGGAACAAAAUGCAAACCAUCCGCGCAGACUGGAAAUAGAGGCUUUAUUCAAGGAGGCACAGUCUCUUGUGGAACGCGAGAUCACGCCUUUUUACGAAGGAGGAAACUGUAUAAGUGAUGAAUUUGAAGAAGGAAUUCAGGACAUUGUGCUGAGGCUUACCCAGGUGAAAACUGGAGGGAAAGUUUCUCUACGCAAAGCAAGAUACCGCACUCUGACAAAGAUAUGUACUGUUCAGGAGAUUAUAGAGAAUGCUGUAAAGAAACAGCUGUCCCUGCCACUCUCUAAUGAUGUUCAUCCUUCUGUCUCCAAAAUUAACUCUGUAAUGUGUGAGGUGAACAAAGCCAGAGGAACUCUCAUUGCUCUUCUAAUGGGAGUGAGUAGUAAUGAUACCUGCAGGCAUCUGUCCUGUGUGCUCACCGGCCUCAUUGCUGAUUUGGAUGCUUUAGAUGUCUGUGGUCGCACGGAAAUAAGAAACUACAGAAAGGAAGUAGUAGAAGAGAUCAAUAAAUUGCAGAAAUACCUGGACUUAGAUGAAGAAGCAAAUUCUACUCAUGCUUAUGAUUUGGCAAAAAAUCAGUCCAUUCUUAAAAUAGAAGAGAUUCGUAAGAAGAUGAAGGAAGUUCAUUCCUUACUUCUGAAAACAGAGAAUGCCUCUGAUUUGUAUCUGGGAUCCAAAGCAGAGUUGCAGGGACUAAUUGCCCACCUAGAUGAAGUGAGUCCAGGAAAAAAUCCCUGUAUUAGAGAGGCCAGGAGAAGAGCAGUAAUUGAAGUUCAGACUCUUAUAACAUAUAUUGAUUUGAAUGAAGCGCUGGAAAAAAGGCAAAAGUAUCCAGAGCAAACUGCUGUUGAACAUCAGUGUCAUAAAGCAGUUUGGACUGUACUUGGAAACUUGUCUCAAAUUCAGAAAGAGGUGAUUUCAUUCGAUGGAAAUAGAACAGAUAAAAAUUACAUGAGACUGGAAGAACUUCUUACAAAACAACUUCUAGCCCUGGAUGCUGUUGAUCCACAAGGUGACGAGCGGUGUAAGGCUGCCAGGAAGCAGGCAGUAAAGCUUGCACAGAAUAUCCUUUACUAUCUGGACAUGAAAACAGAUGAAUGGGAAUACUGAAACAGCCAUGGCCUGACACAGAAGAACAUUUUUCCCUUUUGCACUUUAUGAAGAUCAUUGGCAGCACAUAAUAAAGUAUUCUGUGCCUGCUGAAAUCAUGGAAAUUGCAUAAGCAGUUGACUUGGCUAUAUGUCUGCUAUCCCACGCAGUCACCCACUUGCCAUGGCAACUGUCAGUACACCAUCAGCAAUUCUGGUCACUGAUAUAAGCAAAGAAGUGCAAUUCUCUGAAGGAAUAGCUUAAUACUUGAUCAAAUAGCUUCUUCUUUUUUUUUUUCUUCUCUUUUUCUUUCUUGUUUUUAUUCUAAUAGCCUUGUGCAAUGUUCAGUGAAUGCAGGUUUUUCAAAGACACAGAAACUUCCUUAUGGUACAAUACUAACAAAACUAUUUAAGGAGACUGAACAUGAAAAUUAGUAUUCAGGCAUGAGGCUCCAUCCAGCAACUUCACAGCAGUCUGGAUGUCCUGUUAAUGUGCUGUCAUAACAUAAAGUACUAAGGGCAAAAAGCCUGCUGGCUUUUGGAUUGUACUUGAUUUCUUCCAUCCAUCAUAGCAUGUAGAUAUGUCAGUUAAUGGAGCUAUAAUGCCAGCUGCAAAUUAGCAUUUACAUAGGCAAAGCCAAUUAUGUCAAUUUUUGUAAUACCUGAGCCCUUUGAUUUGCAAAACCAGGUCUUUUGUUGGUGGAAAUUCUUUCAAGUUAUUGCUUUAAGGUAUUGAGACUUGGAGAGGAAAA